GCAGAAGGCAGCACAGACGUUAGCGCAGUUGCACUGCUCUCUUUCACCUACCAACACAGAGCAUUCAGACUUACACACAAAUGACUCCAAUGCAUCCUAAAGCUGUGAUCAUUCUGAAGACGCACACCCACAAACACGUAACCUCGCUCGUCCAGUAGACGCCCCUGUGAGGUGUCUGUCUCGGGGGUUCAGUCAGGGGUAUUGUGCCUCUGCUGGAGCCGUCCCAAACCUCACAUCUCAUCUUAUUAACAAACAGCUGAGUAAUGCGUAAUGAGUGUUAGGUGGAGAUAGAGAAAAAGGGAAAAGGUUAGGAAGGAGGAGGGGGAUUGAGGAGACUACAGUGCACAGUGGUUGCUGAAGCAAGGCAAGCAUCCGUUGUCAACGGCGACGCUGGAGCAGCAUGUCUCAGAUAAAAAGAUACACUUACAGCAGGACCACCAGCAGUGGCAGCAGCAGGAUGAGUUCAGACGGAGGUGGGCGACCCGUGAAGGUGGGCUCUGUGGUGGAGGUGAUCGGCAAAGGUCAUCGUGGUAUCGUAGCAUAUAUUGGCAACACACUGUUUGCCUCUGGGAAAUGGGUGGGAGUGAUUCUCGAAGAAUCUAGAGGCAAGAACGACGGUACUGUGCAGGGAAAAAGAUAUUUCACCUGUCAGGAGAACCACGGCAUAUUUGUACGCCAAUCACAGAUCCAGUUAGUAGAUGAUGGUGCAGACACAACGUCUCCUGACACCCCUGAAGCAGCCACCUCCAAAAUGCUGAAGCGAGAGAUAAUUGAAGGUCCAAAGUCAAACAAAGUGCGAGGAAUCAAACCCAAAAAGACGCCUACAACUCGUAAGACCACGACCAGAAGGCCAAAGCAAACACGGACAGGAGUGGGGGUGAAGAUGGGCUCAGGUUCUGCAUCUGCUGGAGAGAUGAGCAGCAGUGAGCCCAGUACACCUGCACAAACCCCACUAGCUGCCCCUGUAAUACCUUCACCUGUGGGAACCCUCAUCUCACCUGGAGCUCCUCCCAUUCCAGGACCCACCAAGGAAGAGGAGUCGCUGCGUGCCCAGGUGAAGGAUCUGGAGGAGAAGCUGGAGACUUUGAAGAUAAAGAGGACGGAGGACAAGGCAAAGCUGAAGGAGCUGGAGAAACACAAGAUCCAGCUUGAGCAGCUGCAGGAGUGGAAGUGUAAGAUGCAGGAACAACAAAGCGAACUGCAGAAACAACUCAAGGAGGCCAAGAAGGAAUCUAAGGAAGCUCUCGAAGCUAAAGAACACUACAUGGAGGAGAUGGCAGAUACAGCAGAUGCCAUUGAGAUGGCCACACUGGAUAAGGAGAUGGCAGAAGAGCGAGCCGAGUCGCUGCAGCUGGAGGCUGAUGCUCUCAAAGAGAAACUGGAGGAGCUGACGAUGGACCUGGAGAUACUUAAACAUGAAAUAGAGGAAAAAGGCUCAGAGGGAGCAGCAUCCAGUUAUCAUGUAAAACAGUUAGAGGAGCAGAAUGCACGACUGAAGGAGGCUUUAGUGAGGAUGCGUGACUUGUCUGCAUCAGAGAAACAAGAGCAUGCAAAGCUACAGAAACAAAUGGAGAAGAAGAACCUCGAGCUGGAGACACUAAGAUCCCAGAAAGAGAAACUCCAGGAGGAGUUGAAGAUGGCUGAGAAAACAGUUGAUGAGCUUAAAGAGCAAGUGGAUGCUGCUCUCGGUGCAGAGGAGAUGGUGGAGAUGUUGACAGAAAGAAAUCUGGAUCUGGAGGAGAAAGUACGAGAGCUCAGAGAAACAGUUGCAGAUCUGGAAGCCAUCAAUGAGAUGAACGAUGAGCUGCAGGAGAAUGCCAGAGAGACAGAGCUGGAGUUAAGAGAGCAGUUGGAUCUGGGUGCUGCCAGUAUAAGAGAGUCAGAGAAGCGUGUGGAGGCGGCUCAGGAAACCGUGGCAGACUACCAGCAGACCAUCCAAAAAUACAGAGAGCUCACUGCCCACCUGCAGGAGGUAAACAGGGAUCUAAUGAGCCAGCAGGAAGCCAGCACAGAGCAACAACAGCCUGCUGAGAUCUUCGAUUUCAAGAUCAAAUUUGCAGAGACCAAAGCCUGCGCCAAGGCUAUAGAAAUGGAGCUGCGCAAAAUGGAGGUGGCUCAGGCUAACAGGCAGGUGUCGCUGUUGAUCUCCUUCAUGCCUGAUUCCUUCUUGAAACACGGAGGAGAUUGCGAUUGCAUCCUUGCACUGCUGCUCAUCCCACGACUCAUCUGCAAGGCGGAGCUGAUCAGUAAGCAGGCGCAGGAGAAGUUUGAGUUGACUGAGACCUGCACUCAAAAGGCUGGGAUGAGAGGAGCUGUUGGGGAGCAGCUCAGUUUUGCAGCAGGACUCAUCUAUUCUCUUACACUGCUACAGGCAGCGCUGCAUAAAUAUGAAUAUUCUUUAAAUCAAUGCAGUGUGGAGGUGUACAAGCGUGUGGGAUCUCUUUACUCUGAAAUGAGCGUACACGAGCGUUCCCUUGACUUCCUCAUAGACCUUCUGCACAAAGACCUGCUGGAUGAAACUGUCAAUGUGGAACCUCUUACCAAAGCUAUUAAAUACUAUCAGCAACUUUACAGUAUUCAUCUUGCUGAACAACCUGAGGACUGUACCAUGCAGCUAGCCGACCACAUCAAAUUUACCCAGAGUGCCCUGGAUUGCAUGGCGGUAGAGGUGGGGCGUCUGAGGGCCUUUCUGCAGGCCGGACAGGAUGAGGAAAUCUUCUGUGUGCUGCUCAAAGACCUGGACACGUUUUGUAGUGACAUACGACAGUUUUGUAAGAAGAUUCGUCGUCGCAUGCCAGGCACAGAUGCACCGGGCAUCCCAGCUGCCCUCAGCUUCGGACCACAGGUGUGUGAGACCCUGGCAGAGAGCAGAAAGCAGUUGGCCUGGGUAAAUGCUGUGCUUCAGGAAGUGGCCGCAGCAGCCGCUCAACUCAUUGCUCCUCUCAGUGAACACGAGGGACUUCCAGCUCUCAAACUUGAGGACAUGGCCUUUAAAGCAGCUGAACAGAUCUAUGGGUCACAGGGUAUCAAUCCCCAAGAGUGCCUGCGUCAGUCAUGCAAUGUUGUCAUAGCAACAAUGAACAAGAUGGCUACUGCUAUGCAGGAGGGUGAAUACGACUCAGAGAAACCACAGGCUGGGAUAUCUCCUGUAGAGGUCAGAGCGGGAGUGUUGAGGGCAGAGAUCACUGAUGCUGAAGGACUCGGACUCAAACUUGAGGAUAGAGAAACUGUCAUCAAAGAGCUCAAGAAGUCACUUAAAAUAAAGGGAGAGGAACUUAGUGAGGCCAAUGUGCGUCUCAGUCUGCUGGAGAAAAAGCUUGACAGCUCAUCUAAAGAUGCAGAUGAGCGCGUAGAGAAGAUCCAGACAAUCCUGGAUGAGACACAUUCAAUCUUAAAAAAGAAGGAAAAGGAAUUUGAAGAGACCAUGGAUGCUCUCCAGGCUGAUAUAGACCAACUAGAGGCAGAGAAAUUAGAGCUUAAACAGAGAAUCAACAGCCAAUCAAAGAUGAGCAUGGAUGGGUCGAGAGGAAGUCCAGCCUCUGGUAUCGCCUCCAUUGUGACAUGUGGCAUAACUCCUGGCAUGUGUGCAGCUGCAGGAGUUCAAGUCAUAGAUUCUCCACUGCUGACUCAACAGAUCGAAGCUCAGAGACUCAGUAUAAAGCAUCUGAAAAAUGAAAACAACAGACUAAAGGCGGAAAAGAUGCGUGCUCAGCUGGCAUCUCUCCCUCCACUGAAUGUGCCAAAGCUUGGCUGGCGAGAGGGCUGCAGGCCUGAGGUCUUGUCUAGCGCCCUCUACCGAAAAACAGACCAACUGCUGGAUACUCUCCUUCAGAUGAGUGCCAACGUUCAAGUAGUGGAUAUCACAGGAAAAUCCCCAGUGAGUCCCAGUGGCCAACUGUUGGAGCAAACCGCAAGACUGCAGUCACUUAGAGACACUCUUGAUAGGCUUAAGGAUGAGGUAGCUGAACAUGUGGUGACUCAUAGGCCUGGUGCACAAGCCUCAUCUGAUUUUGCCACAUUUCCCUGCACUUCAUUUGUGAAGGCAAAGGAGGAGAAGAAAGGAGAUGCUGUGUUAGUUGGGCGUGUGAUGAUGCCUUGUCCUCGAGGGCAGGAGCAGGUACAUCGGCUGGUCCUUUCACAGCCUCAGCUCCAGAGAAUCCAUCGCUUGCUGCGGACAUAAAAUCGAGUAAAUUAUGAAUGAUUUACGUUAUGGGUUAAAGCAAAUAGGUCAAGCAUUUCAAGUAGCUGUUCUGGUAGCUUUACAGCUUUAUUCAUUUAUGUUUGGCUUUGUUAGAUAAACGGUGAAUAGUUUUUGAGGAAUGAAGAAAUAUGACACCAAUUUCUUUCCUGAGUUUUAAACAAACCAAAGUCAAUGAAAAUCAGCAAGGCUGCAGAUCGAGACCCUUGGAGAGUUUAUGGUGUAAUUUUCUUUAUCUCUUUCUUCCAUGUAUGUGUAUAACUAGUUAUGCUUGCUAACUGCAUAACACUGUGAACAGCACCGCUUAAUGGUAGAUUUCCCUCUUUAAUACAUCAGAUCUGAUAAUAAUCGAGGGAAGUUGGCACGCUCUUUUAGUGCGCUUACUGCAAAAACAUACCUGGGUGUUGGAAAAAAAAUAUACUUUUAUCCUGGUGCUUUUAUAUAUGAUCACUGUCGAGCAUUAAAAAGCUUGCCUGUCGUGCUUAAAUGUGCCAUGCAAAGGGGUGAUUCUGACGAAAUCUAGACUUAGAAGGUGUCCAGCAUCAAAAUUUAAAGCCCUUGAAGCCAUUUUUUUUUUUUGCACAUAUAAGAUUGAGGUCUAAACUUACUAUAACCAUUAUUUUUAGAGGAUUUAAAAAAUAUUUCCUAUAGAAUUAUUUACAAUUUUUAGAUUAUCAUUAUCAAAAAUGAUCAUUACCACAACAUGAUAUUACAUUAAAUAUAUGCAUUUACAAACUCAUGUUUCGGUAAUGAGAACUAAAAAGUUGUCUGGGUACUCUGACAAACAAAAUGUCAACUUUUAUCUGAAGAGAAAAAAAUAAGAACUGCUUACCUGGUAGCCAUCUUGAGUGUCACGGUCAAUUAUGUCCCUUCGAACAAUUUUUUUUGAAAAUGUGAGUUCCUUGAGGGCUUAAAACAAUGAUUGAAAAAUUGGUCUUGGACACAUUUAUAUUCCUUAUUAUUGUCUCUACAUUUACCAAUGAUCACCAAAUACCACAUGUUUUUCUUUACUUUAAAUGUUUAUAGUAUAACAUGCACUGAAGCUUUUUAUUUUAUUAGAUUUUUCAAUUAUAAAUAUUUCCAUGUCAAAGAACCCAAAUCCAGUCAUGGACACGUUGCGGUAAUGAAAAUGUUCCUCUUAAAUGUGGAAAAAAAUACAAAAUUGGUUUGUAUGAUGUCAUUUAAAAUCAUGUGCAAAAUAAUACAUGAAGAGAUGUUUGUAACUGUAUGCUUCUUAUUUUGAUGAGCAUUUACUUUUUUAUCAAAAUGUUUCACGACACCUCAUAAGUCUAAUUUCGCGAGAAUCAACCAAAUGCGCUUUCUAAACUGGCCAGUAUAGAAAAUAUCAAUGCCUGGGGUUAAUAAUUUGUGCCAAGAAAGAGAGGAAAACAGGUGAAAGUUACUAUACGUUGGAAGGAUAGAUAGAUGUAGAAGGCAACAAUAUAUUUUUUAACCUCUUCCUGUUGUAUUUAUGUUCAAAGAGAGUCAGUAUUAAAAGUGGUCUUAAGUAAGCAAUGGUAUGCUUUACUGUUGUGUACAUUUAUCAACAAGUUAUCAACAUAUUAACUGUACAACAUGACUACUGUUGCUUAUAUGUGUUGGGAUAUUAUACAUACUGAAUUAAUUUAAAUAAAUAUUUAUGCCAGUAAAAAUCAGUUGAAUUUGUUAAUUCUGUCAUAUGGUUAAAAGGUUUAAGUUUUAGUUAUGUUGGUCAAAGGAGCUUUGAAGAGCUUACAGGAAAAGCUAUAAGAGGGUGAUAGCUAAACUACUUUGAAUAAACAUGCAUUCUUUGUGGGCUUUAUGAAAGCUUGGUUUACCACAGUUAAAACGCACAGAGCUAUGCAUCACAUACUGAAAGUGAAUUGUUACACUAGACAUCACUAGAAAACAACUUCAUGCCAAGUGGAUUCAUAGUGAAUAUGAUAUUCGAUCUUAUGGAUGGCACAAGCAUAUUGGAUGAUAUUUUAAUACAGCUCUCAGUAGCAAAGGCGCUGUUUAUAUACAGUACUGUGCAAAAAGGCAACCAUGCUACCAUUAGAUUUGUUGUUUUUGUAAUUGUAUAGUGAUCAUAUAUAAUUAUUUCUCAGUCUCUUUAGAAUACAACCAGAAAAUACAGGAAAUGUGUAUGUAGUAUUAAAAACAGUAUAGAAGUAUAAGUGUCAAGUAUUUGGAAACUCCCCUUUCCACUUGAGCAAUAGCAGGCAGCUGGAGGAUCUUUUAAACCUAAAUUAAAUUAAAUCCUAAUUUCUAAUUCUAAUCGAAUAACUAAAGAAGACAUUUAGUUCUCAAAAUUGUUUUGUUUUCCAUUUUUCUACAUAUUUCCUGUAUUUUCUGUUUGUAUCUUUAAAAAGAGUGAACAAUAAAUAUUGAUGGAUAUGAAAACUUUGCUAAAACAACAAAGCUGGUGAUAAAACUUUUGCACAGUACUGUACAUUCUCAAAAAAA